UUUAGCUGUUUUUUUCAAUUAAUUUUAUUUAGGAAGUUCGAAAUGUUUUAUCUCGUUAGAUACAAAUGUUUGGGAAGUGCCAAGUGCCAACUGACGUAGGCGGUUACUAUGGAAGUUCAAAGGAAUACAAACUAAUGAGAACAAGUGGCCUUUUAUGAUAAUGAACAGUGGGAAAAUGAACUCCAAUGAUGGCUGAAGAUAUUAAACCUGAUGUGUUAAAAAAAACUCAAACAGCAUUAAAUAAAUACAUUAAAAGGCCUCCACUCACCGACAAACUUCUUAGAAAGCCCCCUUUCCGAUUUUUACAUGACAUCGUAACAUCUGUCAUAAAAGAGACUGGUUAUUUGAAGGACGUAUUUACUGCUGAAGAGCUAAUUGCUGAUAAUGUUAAAGACAAGGAUAGUAAAAUAAAAUUUCUUACAAAAUUAAUCAGUGCCGUGAAAGAUUCUACUGGUAAUAAUCUCAAAGCUAAACCAGGAAAAAUUGUUGCUGGACUUGAAGUUGAUAAAACACUUGAAUUGUUACAAGCUGUUGCUAAAGGGAUAGCUUCUCAGACAAAUGGUAAUAAAUCAGUAAUAAGCAAUGAGGGUGAAAAUAAAUUGUUAAAAGAUGUUUCUGGUUCAAUUGGUACUAACAACAAAUCAAAACUAAAAACAGAAGAAAAUGUAAACCAAAAGCCCAGUGAUGUGAAAGAUAAAAAAAAGAGGGAUAAAAAGAAAGAAGAUUCCAAAGUGAGUAAUAUCAAUGAUGAAAAGGAGAAAAAAAAGAAAGACAAAUCUGAGAGAAGAGAAAAUGGGGAAAAAUUGGGAAAAAGGGAUAAAUCUCAAAAUGAAGAACCACUGGACAAAAGAGAAAAAAGUGGAAAUCAUGAAAAAUCUAACAUCAGGGAAAAAACUGAUGGUGGAGAAAAACAAACAUUGAAAGAGGUGAAAAGAAGAGAAAGUUUUCCAUCUGAGGAUGAUAACGUUCCUCAAACAUUAGAAGUUGAAAAGUCAGAAAAAAAUCAUGAAAAUAAUGAUACAGCUAAAGAGCCUGAGAAAAUUAAUGAUGAAGGAUUAAUUGAAACUGGAGGGAUUCCCAAGAAGCCAUCAGUGGAAUCAAAGGCAGAAGAAGAAAAUGCAGAAAACAAAGAAGAAGAAAUAGUAUUUAGGCAUAAAGAACCAGAACAGAAAAAUCAAAAACAAAAUAAUGAAGUUGAUAAUCAUAAACAAUCACCUGGUGAAGCACCAUUAAAAAGACCCUCUACUAGAAGAUCGUCUUCACGAUCAGUUAAACAACCAAUGAAAGUUAUUUCUGAGAAGGGUGACACUGGAAAAGACAAAGAAGAUUCCAAAAUUAUUGACGGUGUAAAUGUUUCUAUUGUAGCAGAUAAAAAAAAAAGUAAAAAUGAUGUCAAAGACUUUAAUUCUCCUGAAACUGAUAUCAUUAGACCUCCUUCUGCUAUUGAAAGACCAAGGACUGCAAGAAGAGCCCCACCUAGUGCUAGACCUCCAAGUGUAAGACCUGGUGCUCCCAAAACUAGAGAUCGUGGAGAAGUUGCUGUUGACUUGAACAAAGACAAAGAAAAUGAGGCUAAAGAAGUCGUUGUUAUUGCAGAAAAUGAAAAAUUAGAAGAGGAUAAGGAAAAUAUGGUAAUAAUGGAACCACACCAUAUAGUUCUUGACGAGGAAAAUAAUAUUGAAGAUGCAAAUUCUUCUGGAGCAGAAGGUGUAUUAGUUGAUAUUUUAGAAUCAGUUAAUGGAAUUGAAAAGCAAAAGCAAAAACCUCAUACAGAGAUCGAAUGGGAGAGUGGACAAAAAGAUAAGCGGGCAACUUGGCAAAAAGAAUGUGAUCAACUCAAGGCUGGCAUUCAAGCAUUAACCAGAUCCACUGGUCCUCUAGGCAAGUUAUUUGAUUUUCUUCAGGAAGAUGUUGACUUAGCAGCACGAGAAUUGUUGUACUGGAAGCAGGCUAGUGCCGAAUAUACGUCACAAUUGAAAUCAGAAAAGAGGUCGACAGAAGAAUUACUUAGCAAACAUAAGAAGAAACUCACAGAACUUGAAGGACUAAUAGAAGAAGAGCAAGAAGCUAUCAGAGCUGUGAAAUCUAAUAUAUUAAUAAAUGAUAGGAAAAUACUCUCCCUUAUUUCAAGGGUGCCUUCGACUCAAUAGAUUUUUGUGUUCCUUUAAAAAAUCUAUUUAAGUGCCUGUAAGUGUGCCUUUUAUCUCUUUCUUAGGUUGGUUUUUAACUGAGGUUAUGCGAUAUAUAUUUAUGACACGUAUUUAUAUUUAUUCAACUAAAGAAUUUAUUAUAAUAAGUAGGCAUUUAACUGAAAUCAAAAGUUUGUAUGGUUUUGAAAAAAAAAAUUAAAUAAAUAAAAGUGCCUUGAAAUGUAUUUAUUAUAUUAAACUAACAUAAAUAUAAUUUAUUAAAAAUAA